GGGAUUUGUGUGUUACGGUCGAAGAUGGUUUAGAAUACUGGUUUGAAACCCAUGUUGUAUGGUCUUUUCAACGUUAUCACAUAAAAUGUAACAAUUUACAUAAAUUAUUUUGUUAGUUAGCAAGCGGAUUAUUGUAAUAACAGCGUCAAGACAACAAGGACAUUAUUACAAGGACGUUUUCUCAUGUUGGUGAGCACAGAGCAAGGUGGCGGCUGAUGGAUACAUUUGUGAGUCAAACCAGGAAGCGCUAUAUUGAUGGGACAACAGAUGAACAGAGAGAACCUGUGUUGAAAAAAUGUAAAGAGGAAGAAUGCAAUCAGGGGAUUGUAAAGGAGAAUGUGAAGGAGGAUGCCUAUUUGACUGAGUUCUCUCAGUCUUGGCAGAAGAUUGAAGCAGAGGGACUGGACUGUGACUAUGCUCUACUCUUUCCUAAAGAGGAAGCAGACUGCCUCUACACACGGCUGGAGGAGGAGGUAGUCUACCUCACAGGAGAUAAAACAAAGAUUCAGGUGUUUGGGAAGGUUUACAAUGUCCCCAGAAAGCAGGCGUCUUGUGGGGACGCAGGACUAACCUACACCUAUUCUGGAGUGAGUCUUCAGGCUAGCCCGUGGACUCCAACCUUGGAGUACAUUCGUGAUGCUGUUAAAAAGGUAACAGGGCAAACCUUCAACUUCGUCCUGAUUAACAGGUACAAAGAUGGACAUGAUCACAUGGGUGAGCACCGUGAUGAUGAGCGGGAACUGGACCCCCUCUGUCCCAUCGCCUCCGUAUCCCUGGGGGCGGUCCGGGACUUUGUUUUCAGACACCGGGAGUCACGGGGAAAACAGCGCCGACGACAGAUCAACCCGGUGAAGCUUGAACUGGCCCACGGAAGCCUGCUCCUCAUGAACUCUCCCACAAACACCCACUGGUACCACAGCCUGCCAGCCCGCAAGAGGGUCCUCACACCCCGCAUCAACCUUACCUUCAGACGCAUCCUCCAAGACGGCAAGAAAUGAGGGUCAGACAUGUUCCGUUGGGAGUCUCACUUCAUUGUGGCUGACGUCAGGGGACGUACUGUCCCCACUGCAAUAUUGAUUCAACUAGUUUCUGAAUUUGUUCAUGGUCCAAUUCAUAAAAAUCAGUUGUGGUAACUCUUUACUUAUAGAUUUAUUUUCAUAAUUGUAUCUUUGAAAAAUAUCAACUUCUUGACAGAUCUCACACACACAAAUCUUCAAAAUAUACAUUAGUGCAAAUUGAUCAGAAAAUGGGUUAGAGGGUUAUUUAGAAGUUGCAUCCUAAUUCAAUACUUGGAGGAGAGUGAGUAAAUGGCAGUAUUUAUAACUGGUAUGCUUGUUGAGCAAUACACACAGAUUGUGUAGUUGUACACACUGCCACCACAACUUUAAACACUUUGGCAAAUCAGACAAUAUUUGGGGUAAAUUUGUUACAUUGCUAUCAAUUCCAAUUCCGCUGCUCUAUAAAAGAGUUGUAAAACUAUCAUGUUGCUUCAAUAUCAUUUAGGAACAAAAAUAGCAAUAUACACUGAAAGUAAAUGGUCUGCAGGCAUGUGGAGCUAGACUACAAUCCAAACCACCUGCACGUUAUUACAGUAUUCUGAAUUUGUUACACACAUAGAAAAACGUAAUAUACAGCAGCUUAUAUACAAUGUCAAUUGAAACAUUGCAUUAUUUUAAUUAAACCUACAUUAAGAUA